GAGGCCUCCCGGUGUAUGGUUUUUGCGGCUGCGCUGUACCUCAGCCCCAGCAGCGGCCCCCUCUUCGCCUUCUUCUACCGCUGGUUACAUCAGCCAUCGAGGAACAGGGUUACCUGGCGCUUGGUCACUCCUGCAGAGGGACAGAGCACAGGAAAGGGACCCCCACAGUCACCUGUGUUUGAAGGUGUCUAUAACAAUUCCAGGAUGCUACAUUUCUUGACAGCUGUUGUGGGGUCCACUUGUGAUGUGAAGGUGAAAAAUGGUACCACUUAUGAAGGCAUUUUCAAAACGUUGAGCUCAAAGUUUGAACUAGCAGUAGAUGCAGUGCACAGGAAAGCAUCUGAACCUGCUGGUGGCCCUCGUCGGGAAGAUAUCGUGGACACCAUGGUGUUUAAGCCAAGUGAUGUGAUGCUUGUUCACUUCCGCAAUGUUGACUUCAAUUAUGCUACUAAAGACAAGUUCACUGACUCCGCCAUUGCUAUGAACUCGAAGGUGAACGGGGAGCACAAAGAGAAGGUGCUUCAGCGCUGGGAAGGUGGUGACAGCAACAGUGAUGACUAUGACUUGGAAUCUGACAUGUCCAAUGGAUGGGAUCCCAAUGAAAUGUUCAAGUUCAAUGAGGAGAACUAUGGUGUGAAGACUACCUAUGACAGUAGUCUUUCUUCUUACACGGUGCCCUUAGAAAAAGACAACUCAGAAGAGUUCCGCCAGCGAGAGCUGCGUGCAGCCCAGUUGGCUCGAGAGAUUGAGUCGAGCCCCCAGUACCGCCUACGGAUCGCCAUGGAAAACGACGACGGCCGCACUGAGGAGGAGAAGCACAGCGCAGUGCAGCGGCAGGGCUCGGGGCGGGAGAGCCCCAGUUUAGCAGCCAGGGAGGGCAAGUAUAUCCCUCUGCCUCAACGAGUGCGGGAAGGUCCCCGGGGAGGGGUCCGAUGCAGCGGUUCUCGGGGCACCCGGCCUGGCCUGAGCUCUUUGCCCCCUCGUGGUCCUCACCAUCUUGACAGUAGCAGCUCUGGCCCAGGUUCUGAGGCACGUGGUAUCAAUGGAGGCCCUUCCCGCAUGUCCCCCAAAGCACAACGGCCUCUGAGAGGUGCCAAGACCCUGUCUUCACCCAGCAGUAGGCCUUCUGGAGAAGCUUCUGUUCCGCCUCCUCCUUCAGUGGGCCGAAUGUACCCUCCACGCUCUCCCAAGUCUGCUGCUCCUGCCCCCAUCUCUGCUUCCUGUCCUGAGCCUCCUAUGGGCUCGGCAUUAGCAACCUCUUCAGCCUCCAUACCUGUGACAUCAUCAGUCACGGAUCCUGGAGUAGGCUCCAUUUCCCCAGCUUCUCCAAAGAUCUCGCUGACUCCCACAGAUGUAAAAGAACUCCCUACUAAGGAGCCUGGCAGAACUCUGGAGCCCCAGGAGCUGGCCCGGAUAUCUGGGAAAGGUGAAGUCCCUGGCCUUCAGAAUGAACAGAAAAGAUUUCAUCUGGAAGAACUGAGAAAGUUUGGGUCCCAGUUUAAGCUUCAGCCCAGUACCUCCCCUGAGAGCAGCAUGGAUCCUUUUCCUCCCCGGAUCCUAAAGGAAGAAGCCAAAGGGAAGGAGAAGGAGGACACACUGUUGACUUCAGAGCCUAUGGGGUCCCCGGUCUCCUCCAAGACAGAGUCCAUAUCAGAGAAGGAGGACAAAGCUCCCCUGGUACCAGCAGGAGGCACUGAGGGCCCAGAGCAGACCCUGCCUCCUUGCCCAAGCCAGACUGGCAGCCCUCCAGUGGGUCUUAAGGGGGACGACAAAGAUGAGGGUCCUGUUGCUGAACAAGUAAAGAAGUCAACGUUGAACCCCAAUGCGAAGGAGUUCAAUCCCGCAAAGCCUCUGCUGUCUGUGAACAAAUCUACCAGUACCCCAACUUCUCCAGGGCCCCGGACUCAUUCAACCCCUUCCAUCCCGGUGCUGACUGCAGGCCAGAGCGGGCUCUAUAGCCCCCAGUACAUCUCCUACAUACCUCAGAUCCACAUGGGACCGGCUGUGCAGGCACCGCAGAUGUAUCCGUACCCCGUCUCCAACUCAGUGCCUGGGCAGCAGGGCAAGUACCGGGGAGCGAAAGGCUCCCUCCCGCCCCAGCGUGCAGACCAGCACCAGCCCGCCUCAGCUCCUCCCAUGAUGCAGGCCGCUGCCGCAGCUGGCCCACCCCUGGUGGCCGCCACACCGUACUCCUCCUACAUCCCCUACAGCCCGCAGCAGUUCCCGGGCCAGCCUGCCAUGAUGCAGCCGAUGGCCCACUACCCCUCCCAGCCGGUGUUCGCCCCCAUGCUGCAGAGCAACCCACGCAUGCUGACGUCGGGGAGCCACCCGCAGGCCAUCGUGUCCUCCUCCACGCCGCAGUACCCGUCUGCGGAGCAGCCCACCCCUCAAGCCCUCUAUGCACCAGGCGGGGCAGGCCCCACACCUGGGCAGUGGACAGCCCCAGCAGAAUCUGUAUCACCCGGGGGCCCUGACAGGCACGCCGCCCUCUCUGCCUCCGGGACCUUCUGCCCAGUCCCCUCAGAGCAGCUUCCCCCAGCCAGCCGCUGUGUACGCCAUCCACCCCCACCAGCAGCUGCCCCACAGCUUCACCAACAUGGCCCACGUCACCCAGGCCCAUGUCCAAACUGGAAUCACAGCAGCCCCGCCCCCUCACCCUGGGGCUCCCCACCCGCCCCAGGUGAUGCUGCUGCACCCACCUCAGAGCCAUGGGGGGCCCCCCCAAGGCGCGGUGCCCCAGAGUGGGGUGCCUGCACUCUCAGCUUCCACACCCUCACCCUACCCCUACAUCGGACACCCCCAAGCUCUCAGUGACCCCGACUGUCUCCUGACUUAGCCGAGGUAAGGUCAGCGCAGCAGACAGGGCCAGGCUGGGUGCGGGGGGCUGUGCUGGGCACACGAGUGAGGGCUCUGGCUUACUGGGAAACGGCGAUUGACCUGUGCUCUGACAGCCCCAGGAGACACCUCGAGGAGGCCACUCCUUCCCACUUAGCCCGCAACCCCCGGACGCAUUGGUGAAGGGACAGCUGCUUGGGUUCUAAUGCUCCUGCUCUCUUCUCUCUCCCCUCCAACCAGUUCAAUCUCAUCCCUCCCAGCAGCUCCCCUUCCACCCCCCGGGGAACUGAAGAUUGUCCUGGCCGCGACCUGAGACCUCCAUGAGUGGAGGGAGGAGUGACCUAUGUGUCUUCCCCCAGCAGCUUGGACCAGUCCCAGCCCCACCCCGUCCCUGGGAGCUGAGGUUCCUGCCAAGCACCUUGAAUGGGGGGGGCCUGGAAGUGGGCAGUGCCAGGGUCCAGCGGGUGGGGGGGUCCUGCUCUGCCCCGCCUGUUCCACCGUCUUGCCCUCCCAUCCUCUCAUCUAUUCCCCGCUGGAGACAGAAGAUCUUUUAUUUUCUAUUAUUUAUAAUCUCAGACUUGGGCCCCCGUUCUUUCUUCCAAUUAACGAGUGAUCUGCGUGAGAGACAGACAGAUGCCCCACGAGGAUGGUUGGACAAGGACUUUUACUUUUUAUUA